GGGGCUCUUUGCAGGACUGAGGCAUACGUAAACCGAAAGAACAAGCUGAACGAUACACUAUUACCUACUCUUAACUAAAUCCCAAGCUGCACUGAAUAUAUUUGUGUUAGGUCGCUGCCCGCCUUAAAAUGAAGCACAGAGAAGUCACGUUGUGAGAGAUCCAGUGCUGGGUAUAGAGAGGGAGCUGUGUUCGCGGAAAGGACCAGGGCAUCCUCUGUUCAAGCUCCCUGAGACAAAGGCCUCUUCGGGAAACCUCAGUGUUUGGAAGUGGAAUCACAAAAAAGGAGGUGGUGCCCGGGCCUUCCUGCCCCCUGUGGUCGUUUUAGGCUCCGCACGUCCCCCCAUUUCUCCGGCUGCUGCCGCAGAGCGGAGGGGGGCGGAGGAGAGGGCAGCUACGUGUGUGUCGUUGUGAGGGAACAAGAUGGCUCGGCCCAGGCCCCGGGAUUACAAAGCAGGAGAGCUGGUCUUUGCCAAGAUGAAAGGCUACCCGCACUGGCCUGCCAGGAUUGAUGAACUCCCUGAAGGAGCUGUGAAACCACCAGCAAACAAGUUCCCAAUUUUCUUCUUUGGCACCCAUGAAACUGCAUUUUUGGGCCCUAAGGAUCUUUUCCCUUACAAGGAAUAUAAAGAAAAGUUUGGGAAAUCAAACAAGAGGAAAGGAUUUAAUGAAGGUUUAUGGGAAAUAGAAAAUAAUCCUGGUGUGAAGUUUACUGGAUAUCAGGCUAUACAGCAGCAGAGCUCCUCAGAAACCGAGGGAGAAGGAGGCAAUGCAGCUGAUGGCAGCAGUGAAGAAGAGGGAGACCGUGUGGAAGAAGACGGAAAAGGCAAAAGAAAGAAUGAGAAAGCAGGUUCCAAGAGGAAGAAGUCCUAUGCUUCAAAGAAAUCAUCCAAGCUGUCUCGGAAAUCUUCAGCAGACGAUGGGGAAAAAGACAGUAAAGAUGAAAUGAAUAAGAGUGGUUCAGAGGCAGGCGAUGUGGACAACGAUACAAGAAAUGCUUCAGAAGUGCAGAAAAGCAGUGCGGGGAAUGUUUAUGCAAGAGUUGGGGGCCGUAAGAAAUGCACAGAUCCUAAAGAGAAAUUAUAAAUCUUAGUGGCACACAGGCAAGAUUUGACUUAACAAGGUACUUCAUACUGUGGGAAGAGAGGUCUGAAUUUCGCUGUGUAGUAUUCUUGGAUUUGAUAUAACUCAACGCAUUUCAUUGUUGCCAUCAAGAGAUUGUCAGUUUGUAUGCAUAUUACCAUGUUCUCUCUGUUGUGUUUGCUGGCAUCAGGAGUCCCACCUCUUUCAUUUCACAUCGUUCUGUUGCAUGAAGUUGCCCUUUUACAAGAGAAGCACUUACAUAAUUCCACAGCCUUUGAUAUGGAAACAUUUUUGAACCACUAAGAUCACUGAACAACUCAUCUAACAAUGGCCCAAUCAUUAACCCCUGUUUCCAGGGGGCCCAUAUCAACUUAUUUCCUACUAAAGUGAGCCAACAAUUACAAUGUAAAUUACAUGUGAUGCGUGUGCCUGAUAUGCCUCAGUGAUAAUACCAUAUGAAUACUGUAUAUAUUUAUAUAUAUUACAAUGAUGGGCAGAAAAAUAACAUGGGUUUACAGGGCAAGCAAACAAUGUUACAAAGGCCAAAAUGGUACAAAAAUGUUCUUCUACAUAUCUUCUAUAUAUCUGGCUGUAACUUUAAAUGUCUCUAGUUCUUGGUUUGUCACUAUUUCUUUUCUUCUUACCAACACAAAGUAGGUUGAAGGCUCAUAGGGUGCUUUCUUGGCCCAUAUAUUUUAGCCAACAGUGAAGCACCAGAAACACCCCUGCCACCUCCCAUAAACUAUAAUGCACCUUUUAAGGCUAAGAAUUGUUGGUAUUGGGGCAGUCAGGUGGUUCACAUGACAGUCAGUGAGAGGCAGCAUCACUGCUUUUAUGUUGGCUGAAACACACCAUCGAAGAAAAAGCCCCAUGUGCCUUCAGCCUUAGGUUGUGGCUGUGUUUGGGGGCAGAUAGACAGGUUUUUGGGACAGAGCAAAUCCUGUCCCUAAUAUUACAGAGUUGUGUAUUGUAGACAGUUUGGUGUUAUUUGCUAAACAUUCACUUUUGUACAUUUUCAUUUCAAUUUUAAAGGCAGCUAAAGUGCUAUGAGGAAGGAGAAAGCUUUUUACAUAUAAUACAUACCAACUAUAGGAAUAUAUGCUUGUAACAAUGCAUACCUAACUAACUGAAACAAGGGGAAGAAGCUAAAAAAGGCUAUUUGAUAUGCUAAUGGACAAGAUACGUAGAGAAUGUUUUCUCAGUUACAUUAUUCUUACUAUUAUUGCUUACUGAGCACUUUCUUUCUUCAUACAAUUAUGUAUAUGCCUACUUAAAAAGCCUUAACCCUUCCGCUGCCUGAGGGUUCUGUAACCGUUGCAGGCAGCUCUGACAGUGAAGGGAUUGUGAGAUGCGUUUUUUUUAUUAUCAGGCUUAAAAUAACGAUAGGCUGAAAUAGACUAAGAAACCAUUCCAAACCAUUAUUCCUGUGAACGAUAUUGUUGCUAUCGUGAUAAUAGAUUUUAUUUAUUUUUAUGCAAAUGUUUUGGUGAACAUAUUUGUUUUUUUUCAGUAUGUAAUCUCCUUCUGUUCAGCUCAUAUGUUAAAGAACCAUUUCCAGUGUUUGUAGUUGCAAUGCAUUACCCUAGAAAUUUGUACCGUUGGUUUUUUAUACAGUGCGUUAUAUCUGGAUGUGUAUUGGACUUAAGGAUAAGAAUUUUGAAAGAAGAAACCGGUCGCAUUAGACUUCAUUUAUGUAUGUAACUCAAAUAUUAAAGCAAAAUGUUCUGUAA